CCCCCCCCGUCGUGCGAGCUCGUCGCCCCCCGCGGUGGAGAAACUCGCGAAAGGAGUGCCGGUGCCGGGCUUUACCGUACCCGCCCCGCUAGGUUCCUCGAGGAGGGUCAGGAAGGAGGGAGUACAAGCUGGCCAAUUAGAAGGCAGCCUGCAGCCAAUACACGGUAUUUAGCUGCGACUCUGUAUUCCUGAGGCAGAUGACUGAUGGAACUUGCAAUGAAACAGCGUCUAAGACAGUCCAAAUUACGCCACUGGCCAAGUGAGCUUCGGAGUCCAUAUUUUCCAAAUUUUGCGAGAGUCAUUAUAAACCACGUGAGGUACAAGCUCGUCUUUCUUGGUGAACAGGGAGUUGGAAAGACCUGCAUUAUCAAUCGGUUCGUGUAUGACUCGUUUGACAGGAACUACCAAGCAACCAUUGGUAUUGAUUUCCUAAGCAAGACCAUGUACUUAGAGGAUCGUACCGUUAGACUGCAGCUCUGGGACACUGCUGGGCAGGAACGUUUUCGGUCUCUUAUCCCGAGUUACAUUCGUGAUUCAUCGGUCGCAGUUGUAGUUUAUGACACAACAUCGCGAGCAUCUUUUCUGAGCUCGUCGAAAUGGGUGGACGACAUUCGAUCUGAACGCGGUGAUGAUGUUGUUAUUAUGUUGGUCGGCAAUAAAACUGAUCUGGCAGACCAACGCCAGGUGUCCGUUGAGGAAGGUCUUGCAAAAGCCUCGGAAGAGAAGGUCAUGUUCAUUGAGACGUCUGCGAAAGCAGGAUUCAACAUAAAGCAGCUAUUUCGACGCCUUGCCUCCGCACUUCCUGGCAUCGAGGGCGCUGUUUCUCACGCACCUGGCUUGAUUGACAUAAAACUCACUGCGAAUCAAAAUGCAGCGCAAAUUUCCCAAGCGCCAAAAUGCGGAUGCUAAUAUUCUCGUAACAAAUAAAUUAGAAAUCGAAUGAUGGAGGAGGCAGAGGAGCGAGCCCCACAUCACGCUACUGGAUCUUUAAAGAUCCAGUAGAGACUGUAGAGUAGGUCCUAGGAGUGCUUGGCCUCGUCUUGGGAGUGAGAGUUUGGGUUGGUGUGCUUGCGAGAGCAGCUGCUCGUCCUUAGCGGGAGAGGGGGGCAGCCGCGGCAAAAAAAAGGCAGCUCAAUAGCAGCGAGCGUUGCAUAAGUACACCGGGCCCUAGACCAUGGCGAGGACCAGGGGACGCAAAGGCUUACAUCGCGCCGCUUGGCAGGCAUCCCAAGGGGGACAAGGAUAUUCGGGUCUCGACGGCGUCCAAAUUCCACCCUGGGCCGACUAGACUCAGACAAAAGGAUAGACAUAGCAUCGGCCCGACACAAGGACCUUUCGCGAGCUGUGGUAUGCUCGGGAUGCUGCGGUGAGUAUGGGCUGUGUUCCGAGCCGGUCUGCUUCUUGUGACUUUAACAAGCCGUACUCAGUAAGUAAAGUAGAAGCCGGACUUCGAAAGAAGACUGGCUUCGUCACGGUGCGAAAUGAGAGCCGCGGUAGUGCCGCUGCGUCUCCCGGAGUGAGAAAAUGCUUCGCGGCAAUAUUCACGACCGCGCAAUUCAAGUUGUCACCGCGACGGCCGACUCUACUCGUCGUGAAUCAUUUUCGGCGCAGAUGCCGCGCCAAAAUUACCCACAGUGCAAGACAAACCCCGCAAGAUACCUUCAUAUA